AUGCAGCUGUUACAUCCUUAUCUCACGCGCGAUGAUGCACGUGAUUAUUCUAAAUGUGUGGUUUCCAUGAAAGCCGGUGAGUUGUUGGGAGAUAGCGGCAUUGGGAAAGGUGCAUUGGAAAUGAAUAAGAUAAUUGCUUUGCACAAUGAUGAGAAAUUGAGAAGUGAGUAUAAGAAUUGGUUAAUGAAACCGAGUUUUACUAUUACGCAUGAUGAUGCGGCGAACGUUAAUUCAUUGGUCAUUGGAAGUUUACCCUGGUUUGAGUUUUAUGAGAGUGAUUUUGGAUGGGGAAAACCUGUAGUGGUUCGAAGUGGGUAUGAGAGUAAAAGAAAUGGAAAAGUUUAUGUGUAUGGAUGUGUAGAAAAAGGUAACAUGGACCUUGAAGUGUUUCAACCUUAUGAAAUUUUGGUGGCAAUGGGAUAUGAUCCUGAGUUUAUGAUGUGCCAACCUAAUGUUCUUCAUUAG